UACAAUGCAAUACUGGCUCGGCCGCGGUCGAACGAGUCAACAACUUGGCAGGAAAAAUGCCUUUCUCAAAACCACAGUACAUCGGUCCACGUACCAUGUAAACAUCAAACACGACUCCGUGCGUCAUUAUGAUAAUUAUUCCAGACGAACGAUGAUUGGUUGCGAGUUGCCGUAGGAUGUCCCUCGGGACCUGUGCGCCUACGUCAGCUCCGGCUAUGAAACCCGCUGCUUCUGUCCCGUCGCCCUCACUUCUCCCGCAGACUCCCCAUCUCUGGCUCGAACGUCUCCUCCCGCUCCAGGACCUGAGGAUGCAGAGCGUUGUUCAGAUGUUGGUGCUGACCACCGCCGCUGGUUGUGCGAUGUUUGCCGUUGUGGCAGGCCACGCAGGGCCGUGUACGGGCCUGUCUCCGGGGCGCACACCUCCCGUCCUGUGUCUGAAGAAGUUCCUGCCGUGCUCCACGUCUGUAGACUGCCCGGAGGGACUUACCUGUGGCUGCUCCUCAGUGUGCGGACCAGUCUGCCGGGAGACAGGAGCGUCCUUCCACGUGCUGAAGCGUGAUGAUGAGGAUGAAGGCUCGGAGAAUGACGGGUCGUGCCCCGCCCUGCCCGCCCUGUCCUCCUGGCACGUCUGGUCGCCCUUCGGCUGCGUCAACAGCUGCAACAGCGACUCCGACUGCGACGAGCAGCACCCUGACGACGCAGGGAGAUACAAGUGCUGCGAACGCGUCUGUGGGAAAAGGUGUGUUCUAGCAGUUCGCAGCAGCUAAAGCGCCACCUGGCGAUGCACCAGCUGAUCCCACCUGUUUCUCCCUGCUGCUGAGGCCAACUUCCUUGUCAUCGUGGGACGCACCGUGGCUUCAAUUUUGUAUCUUCUUAUUUCACUCAAGUACCAAUCCGCCACUCUGCCGGAAUGCUUCUAAGCUCCCUUCUGUCAUUUUGUGGGUAAUGAAAAAAAGGGAAUGAAAAAAAGGAAUGUUUUUUUUUGCUAAUUAGCGAAAAUCGUUUCAUGUGUGGCCACAAAUUUUCCUCAAUUUGUUGAUUCGGCCACAUAGUCUUCAAUUGGCGGAUGGCAUCCGAAUGGGUAUUGAUUCUUGUCUGUUCCCCUUAAUGAAAAGAAAAACACACACAUACUUCAAACGAUAGAAUAGAGAGAUGCCCAUGGAGUUUCAAGUUGACAACGUGAUGGAAAUAUCACAAUGUGAUCCGAUGUUACGUGUUUGAUUGUACAACGUACGUUUGAAAAUCUGACGGACACUUUGAAGGGGACGAUAUGGAGAAGGUGGCCGUUAUCACUGUUUGGUAGAAAAUAUCUUUAGUUAUAUAUUCUUCUUUACUACUUGACUACAAUAAAGUAAUGGUACAGGCUAUUCCAUUUCAAGAAGUCAGGUAUGGUGGGCUACCAUUUCUCUUGCCUCCUUCAUUCCCCGCACCAUUUCACUACUCACUUCACGUUUCAAAAACGAAGUUCUUUCCCUAGAAUUCAUUCCUCCCCAAAUUUGAAAUGGACUAGCCCAUCGCCGGACAUGAACAUGUAUAAUGUGGCUUGGCUACGUAGAAUGUUUAAGAGAGCUUUAUCUAUUGUACGAACAACUGUUCACCAUGGCUGUAUGUUGUAUUGUAAUGUCACCCAGAGUAAAAGAUUGCCAGUAUCCAGUUCAGCCGGACUGACAUGAUGUAUCGCUGUCCAUGCACACGUUACCAGUUUCCCGGAUAACAACCUGACCGAACCUCAGCUGGACUGAAUAAUAAAGA